AUGUCUCAAGAAGAAAAGGUCCGCUCCUCGGUCGACGCAGCCCGCGACACCGCCCUGCCAGUCCUGCCCACCAUCAACCCGGAUGCACCGACGCCCAAGCCAAAUGCGCCCGCCUCCUUUCACCCGGCUGUCUACGUGGCAACAUGGAUCACCCUUAGUUCGAGCACAAUCGUCUUCAACAAGUACAUUCUGGAUACUGCAAAGUUUCAAUUCCCCAUCUUCCUCACAACAUGGCAUUUGAUCUUUGCCACCAUCAUGACCCAGAUCCUUGCGCGCUUCACGACCAUCCUCGACUCGCGGAAAAAGGUGCCCAUGACUGGAAAGGUGUACCUGCGCGCGAUCGUGCCCAUCGGUCUCUUCUUCAGUUUGAGCUUGAUCUGCGGUAACCAGGCGUACCUGUACCUCAGUGUUGCCUUCAUCCAGAUGCUCAAGGCUACUACUCCCGUCGCAGUUUUGCUCGCGACCUGGAGCAUGGGAAUCGCGCCCGUCAACCUCAAGGUUCUUGGCAAUGUUUCCUUCAUCGUCCUCGGCGUCGUCAUUGCGUCGUUCGGCGAGCUCCAGUUCGUCAUGAUUGGCUUCCUCUUCCAGGUUGCUGGUAUUGUCUUCGAGGCUGUCCGUCUGGUCAUGGUCGAGCGGAUCCUGAGCUCCAAGGAGUUCAAGAUGGACCCCCUCGUCUCGCUUUACUACUACGCCCCCGCCUGCGCGGUCAUGAACAGUAUCGUCCUGUUGUUCACUGAGCUGCCCACUCUUACAAUGAACGAUAUCAACCGCGUUGGUGGACUUACCCUGUUUGCGAACGCUGGUGUUGCCUUCCUCCUCAACGUUUCUGUCGUUUUCCUGAUUGGCAAGACUUCGUCCCUUGUUCUUACCCUCUCCGGUGUUCUCAAGGACAUCCUCCUCGUUCUCGCGUCCAUGUUCCUCUUCCGCGACCCCGUCACCCUUCUCCAGGCUUUCGGUUACAGCAUUGCCCUUGGUGGCCUUGUCUACUACAAGCUUGGUGGAGACAAGAUGAAGGAGGCUCUCAGUGCGGGCAGCAUGAAGUGGGCAGAGUUCGGUCAGACCCGUCCGGCACUCCGCAAGCUUAUGGUUUUCGGCGCUGUCGUUGUCUCCAUGUUCUUCAUCCUCGGUAGCCUUGGACCCCGCUAUGCCCCCGAUCAAACCGGCAAGCUCUACAACGGCGUCCAGAACGGCAUUGGCCACGUUCUUGGUGAGAAGGGCGCGUAA